GUCGCAAUGCCUGAAUUGUCCACUUUGACAGGCGAGGCUAAACCUCAAUAAUGAGGUUAAUUGGAACUUAGAAUUAAAUAAAAACAUAACAACAUGACUACGCCAGUAGAAAUAACGGUGAUCAGAGGACCAGAACAUGUAUCUAUGAUGUACGAUGAACAAGCAAAGGUUCGGGUGCUUAGAGCCCAAGAACCGGAAGAUCCAGGCGAAGACAAACGAGGAGCUUUUGAGUAUAUGGAUGCAGGCGACCUCGUACUAUUCUGGAUCGAGAUCAUGCUAUUGAUCUACAUUUUCUGCUUUGUACUGACUGUUAUGAUUUUAGUGAUUUAUAUGAAUACAGGCGAUACAUGAUAUUUCAAGACUACGAGCGAUGAUGCAACUACUUGUUAGGCUAUUGGACGUAUUUACAAAUAAAACGAAGAUUUACAAAAGUGUCACAUUCUUUUAUUGACUAAAUACAAAC